AUGAAUGGCUCAAACAACAAUGAGCAUGAUACCAGGCGGCCAAAGAGGUUGAAGAUUGCAGCAGAAGAUCUGACCCAAUUCAAAGCUGGAUCUAUUGUGAAACUGAAAUUGGUAAAUUUCGUCACUUAUGCAAUGUCAGAGUUUUGUAUGUCUCCGUCGCUUAACAUGAUUAUCGGACCCAAUGGGUCAGGAAAAUCCACAUUCGUGUGCGGCGUCUGUUUGGGCUUAGCCGGCAAACCUGAGUAUAUCGGGCGCAGUAAAAAAGUUGAGGAUUUCAUCAAGAGCGGUGAAUCUAAGAGUGUCAUUGAAACAACGCUGAAAAGAGAUUCCAAUGGUACCGAAGCAGACUACGUUGACGAGAACUUUACAACGAAGGUGACGCGUGUCAUGCACCGUAACAAGAAAAAGUCAGAAUACUUCUUGAAUGAUGAGCCUGUCGAGGAAUCGGUGGUUAAGAGACUAAUCUUGAGCCUUAACAUUCAACUGGACAAUCUUUGCCAAUUUUUGUCGCAAGAACGAGUUCAAGAGUUCGCACGAUUAAAGUCCGAUAAACUUUUGAUAGAGACAGUGCGAUCAGUGGACAUUAAAAUGGUUGACAUAUUCGAGGAACUCAAGGAGCUGCAACAAGAAGGGAUAGAAGAGACCAAAGAACUCGAACAAAAAGAAUCUAGAAUGCGAGAGUUGGCAGUCACCCGUGAAAAACUCGAGGCAUCCGUUCGAGCUUUGGAAACUUUUCAAAAGAAAAAGCUAGAGCUCACCCUUCAUGAAAAGCUCCUGCCCUAUGUCAAGGUGAAGGAUCACAAACUAAGAAUUAAAGAGUACAAGAAAUUGUGCGAGGCUACUAAAGGACAACUGAGAUCUUUGUUAUCUGACAAAAAGCCAUUCAAAAACACGUUAGACCGUAUCGGCAGUGUUACUGCAGAGAAGCAACAAGUAAAAGACGACCUUGAGGAAAACUUCAAAAAUACGAAGGAGAAGUUUCCAAAGUAUCUGGCAAAAUUGGAAAAGUAUACGAACGAUAUUGAAACCAUACAACACAAAGUCAAUUAUUAUGAAGGUCGCACAGAAAUGAUAAAAAAGAGUAUUGAAGCGACAAAACAACAGUUAAGCAGCGAGAAAGAAAAAUUAGCUUCCAUGAAUGCGCCAGAUGAAUCGUUGUUGGAAACGAUUACAGCGGACAGAGCAGUCAUUAAUGAGAGCAUUCUCGAACUCCAAAGUGAGACAAGAGAUUUAUCGACAUCUGCUGAUGGAAUACGACAUCAGAUCGAAUCUCGUAAAAGGUAUUUGCAAAAACAGCUGCAAAGUCUGAAUUCAAAUGAUAGAAUCGAUAUUUUACACGGAAAGGGUCGAAAGUUUGACGAAGUCAGAAAGGCUGUUCUAUUCAUUAGGAGCCGACCUGAAAUGAGCGGCAAAGUUCUCGAGCCCCCCAUCAUGGCUGUCUCUGCAAAACGCCCAGAGUAUGCAGCUUACCUUGGGACUUGCACAGAUUUUUCGACAGCUAUAGCUUUGACUAUGGUCGAUUCUCAAGCGUACGAUAGUUUCAAUGAUGAAAUUUUACGUAAUUUCAGGGUCAAUUUGAGGGAGCUGUCGCCUCAGCAAGUGACUUCACCUUAUCCACAUUCAGAACUUCAAAAAAUGGGCUUUGACGCUUACCUGUCCGAUUUUCUGACUGGUGAUAGCAACGUUCUAAAGAUGCUUUGCCAACAGCACAGACUGCAUACGAUUCCGGUAUCAAGGCAAGAAUUAAGCCCCAGAAUGUUUGAAUUCUUAAGAACGCCAGAUCGCAGUGGUAACCUGCGAUUUCGCAGAGUAAUUGCCGGCAAUUAUAUUUACGAUUUUAAAAGAUCGGCAUAUGGAAAUAGACAAAUAUUUUCGGUCGACUUCAAGGUGAGGCCUUGCCAAUUUUAUCAAGGAUAUGUUUUGUCUGAUGAACGAAGGACAGAAAUUGACAGAGAAAUUGCUCAUGUCAAGGAACAGAUACGAGGCAACGAAAAUGAAAUCGGGAAGAUUAUGGAGAGCAUCCAAGAGAAGAAGAGUCAAAUAAUUUCAAAGAAUGAAGAGGAUAAAUCUUUACGUGGAAGAGCGACCCACAUCAAUAAUCAAAGAGUUAUCAUCACCAAAACAAAGCGUGUUGUACAAACACUGGAAGAAAAGCUGGGAAGUUUGAAAAACGAAUCUAGACUGGACGCCAAGACAAAGAUUAAGGAAUGCCAAAGGAACAUAGAGCAUGCCAUGCAAGGAAAAGUUGAGCAUAUGAGGGAAAUCACCAGAUAUAUUGAAAAGUUGCAGGCAGUAGAGAAAGAGUUGAAUUCCGCAACUAUUGCUUUCAUAGAGGCUCUUAAUAGCGAACGAUCGAUGAACGAUGUUGUUGGAUUUUUUAAUGAAAAAGAGGAGCAGUUGCGGAAGGAAUAUGAAGAGUCUAAAAAGAAUUAUGCGUCCAUGAAAGAUACCACUGAGUAUCAAGGUUGGAUAGCUGCAAUAAGACAAUACUCGAAUGUGGACAAGGACCAGCUGGCAGCACUGGCCGAGCAACACCAGACUAGUGGAAAUUUUAAUCUGCAUUUUGUUCUGGGCACUAUCGAUAGACUAAACUCCGAAUUAGCCGUGCUAAAUCAGGAUGAAUCUGUGCUCGAAAUCAUGCGUCAAACGGAAGACGAGCUAGCAAUUCUGAGGAACACGGUUCCACAAAAAAAGGAGGCGCUAUUGGAGCUUCGCUCUCAGAUGGCAACUAAGCGCAGCGUUCUAGAGCCUAUGCUUGAUAGUACAAUCGAUAAAAUUUCCAAGAAUUUUGGUAGACUUUUCAAAAACGUAGGGAGCGCAGGAGCGGUACAACUGGAUAAGCACGAACUGUACAAAGAAUGGAAAAUAGAGAUUAUGGUGAAAUUUAGAGAUAGUGCUUCGCUUAAGAAACUGGAUUCACACACCCAAUCCGGCGGUGAAAAAGCUGUCUCGACGGUGCUAUACAUGAUUGCUCUGCAGGAGUUCACUUCCGCACCAUUCAGGGUCGUAGACGAAAUCAACCAAGGCAUGGACUCGAGAAAUGAACGAAUUGUCCACAAGGCCAUGGUCGAGAACGCAUGCGUGGAAAAUACUUCACAGUAUAUUUUAAUCACACCAAAAUUGUUGACACAGCUCUACUAUCACGAGAACGUCCGGAUACAUUGCGUUAUGGCUGGAGCUUGGAUACCAAACCCCAUUGUUGAUCAUGACAAAAUUCAAUUUGGACGCACUACGAGAUAUGUAUUUUGA